AUGUCUAAAAAACGCGUGCGUUCGGCAUCUUCUCACGCUGAGGCGGACGAAGCUAGUACCCAUAACGGGCGUGGCGAUGUCGGGGCCGCGGAGGCGACUCCGGCCCUCCCCAACCAGGAGGGCGGGAAGGAAAGCAUGAUAGGCGAGUUUCACCCGAGACGCGCCACCACCAAUAAACGCAUGACGAACCGCCAAAAAUGCCUCGUGUUGGGGGGUCGAAACAUGUCGAGCAAGGAUCGUCACCUGCUGGUGGAUCUCCGCGGGCUCAUGCCGCACGCCCGCGCGCAUGCGAAGGUCGGUCGAACCCACACCCUAGGCGACGAGCUCAUCGAGCUCAGCGGCCUGCACCAGUGCAACGGUGUUAUGUACAUCGAGCCUCACCGCAGCGAUAUUAGCUACCUCUGGAUCGCACAGGCCCCGAGCGGUCCGAGCAUAAAGUUUCAAUUGUCAAACGUGCAUACCGCGGAUGAGAUUCGUAUGGCGGGAAAUUGCCUUAAGUUUAGCCGCCCCUUGCUUCACUUCGACAACGAGUUCGAGGCUCAACCGCACCUCCGUAUCGCGAAGUCGUUGCUGCACAUGGCCUUCAACACACCGCGUUACCAUCCUCUCUCCAAGCCUUUCGUGGAUCGUAUUAUGUCGUUUUUCUGGCUUGAUAACCAUAUCUGGAUCCGCAAUUACCAGAUCGUACCCACUGAUCCCCCGUCGCUGCUGGAGAUUGGUCCGCGCUUCACCUUGGAGCCGGAUUCGAUUUUGAACGGCUGCUGCAAGGGGAGCGUUCUGUGGAAGAGCCGCACGGCAAAGCCGCCAACGGAGCAACGGCGUAGUCGGCAGCUCCGUCGUUUGGAGAAGCAGAGCGCGAAUGAGGUGAUACGGGGGAAGUCGGAUACUCACCGCGCACAACACCCGCAGCCAGCGGUGGAUCCUCUCGAUUUGGUGUUUAAGGAUUGA